GCUGUCAGUCCCGCGCUGCGGCGCUGGCUCGUGCUCUGCCGGGCGUGGGGGCCUCCUCCAGGGGCUGGUCCCUGCUGACAGCGUGCCCGAAGUGUGUCAGAUGCAGCCUCGCCGUCCUUGCUUCUGAGGAGCGUUCCAGCUCUACUGCUGGGCAGAUUGUCCCUUCUCUUGGCACUCCAUGGUGCAUUCGACGACAUUCUUUGCCAACACCACAAUUCAAAGGCAUGGAUUCCCCUUCAGUCGUCCUUAUUCCUUGUCCAGCUUUCACAUGCAUAUCAGGUGAUUGAAAACACCGUGGUUUCGGUCAGGCGCACCUUAGUCCUCAAGGUGACAUCUUUGCUUCUCAACACUUCAAAGAAGUCUUUUGCAGCAGGUGUGGCCAAUGCAGUGUGUCCUUUGAUUUCUUGACUGCGACUUCUAUGGGUGUUGAUUUGACUCAGAUGAGGACUACGCAUGACGUGCCUCAGCAGACGCUCAAUGGUGGCGACAGCUUCUCUUCUGCUCUGCAGCUUGCGUCUAGAGGAUCUCGGUGAGAGAAGGCCUGUGUCCCUGUCUGCCUGUGGCUCAAGAGAUUCUGGAGGGGGAGGUGGCAGUGCAAGGGAGCAGCUGUCCUUGCAGGAUAUAGCUGAGCUGAUCCGGACCAGAGCCUGCCAGAGGGUGGUGGUCAUGGUGGGGGCCGGCAUCAGCACACCCAGCGGCAUCCCUGACUUCAGGUCUCCGGGGCGGGGCCUCUACAGCAGUCUCCAGCAGUACGACAUCCCGUACCCUGAGGCUAUUUUUGAACUGUCAUUCUUCUUCCGAAACCCCAAGCCCUUUUUCACUUUGGCCAAGGAGCUGUACCCCGGGAACUUCAGGCCCAACGUGACUCACUACUUCCUCCGGCUCCUGCAUGAUAAGGGGCUGCUGCUGCGGCUCUACACGCAGAACAUUGAUGGGCUCGAGCGGGCAUCCGGCAUCCCUGCCUCGAAGCUGGUUGAAGCUCAUGGCACCUUCGCGUCAGCCACCUGCACCAUCUGUCUCCGAUCCUGCCCUGGGGAAGACUUCUGGGCCGACGUGUUGGCGGACAGGGUGCCCAGCUGCAGGGUCUGUACUGGCAUUGUGAAGCCCGACAUCGUGUUCUUCGGGGAACCACUGCCAGAGAGGUUUCUGCUGCAUGUGGCUGAUUUCCCCAUGGCUGAUCUGCUGGUCAUCCUUGGGACCUCUCUUGAGGUGGAGCCUUUUGCCAGCUUGUCCGAAGGCGUCUGCAGCUCCGUGCCCCGAGUGCUCAUCAACCAGGACGUGGUGGGCACCUUUGCAUGGCAUCCCCGGGGCAGGGAUGUAGUGCAGCUAGGGGACGUGGUUCACAGCGUAGAGAAGCUGGUGAAGCUGCUGGGCUGGACAGAGGAGAUGCGGGACCUCGUGCGGCGGGAGACGGAAAAGGUGCGAGAUGUGUCAUCAUCAGCAUCUUCUAUUCCAUAGUUUGGCUCUUAGGGAUAUGAUGGGGCUCAAUGCAGGGGACGGGUAGGCACGGCGGCCCUCACAGCCAAGAGGGCCACUGAGAAGAGAGCCACGUCCAUCUGAUGAAAUCUCGUGCCGGGAGACGCACCGGGCACUUGUUCAGAAAUCUGGGCCAAAUGAGGAUACACGACUCGAAGACUAGACUGGACUGUCUGAGCCACCAUGGACACCCAGGGCUGUGCAGUUGGUGUGACUGGUGGCCUAGCUUGUCUGUGUGGCCGCGCAAAGGGCAUCGGAAAGCAGUCUUCCGAAGGUGGCCCUCUACAUUGAACAGAUUAAUUGCGGGAUCCUAGGCCAGACCUGGUUUUGACCAGUCAAGUCUGAGGGGCAGUCUCAAGGCCAAACAGUUGCCUACUUGGUCUCUGAUAUGUGUCCUAGAGCUGGGUGUUCUCUGGGUCUUCCAGUGGUUGUUUUUAAUUAGACAAAAUUUUUCUUUUCUGGCAUGAAAUAAACUUUACUAUAAAAACUA